AUGGCGGAGGCGGUGUCGCUGCCGCCGCCGGGGUGCGGGAGCGCGGCCGAGGAGCGGGUGCGGGUUUGGGCCGCGGGGCACGCGGCGUGCGGGAGGCGCGUGGCGCUGGUGACGUCGGGCGGGACGCGCGUGGCGCUGGAGGCGCGGGCGGUGCGGUUCCUGGAGAACUUCAGCAGCGGGAGGCGCGGGGCCGGCUCCGCAGAGCGGCUGCUGGAGGCCGGGUACGCGGUUUGCUUCCUGCACCGCGCCCGCUCCGCCUUCCCCUGGGCCCGCAGCCUGCCCCAGCACGGCGCCGCGCUGCUCGAUGCCUUCCGCCUCACUCCCGGCGCCGGCUCGGCCGUGGCCGCUGAUCCGGCCUCGCUGCUGCCGGCGUUGCGGGGUUAUCACCGCGCCAAGGAGCAGGGCCUGCUGCUGCCCAUCGAGUUCACCGAGCUCCAGGAGUACCUGGAGCUGCUGCGGGCUGCGGCUCGCGCCCUGGCGCCGCUCGGCUCCAGUGUCAUGUUCUACCUGGCAGCCGCUGUGUCGGAUUUCUACAUCCCCACCUCGGAGCUGCCCCAGCACAAGAUCCAGUCCUCGGAGGGACCCCUUCAGAUUACACUGAAGAUGGUGCCAAAAAUGCUGUCUCCUCUCGUCAAAGAAUGGGCCCCGGAGGCGUUUGUUAUCUCCUUUAAACUGGAGACGGAUCCCUUGAUCUUAAUCGAUAAAUCCCGGCAGGCUCUGGAGAAAUACCAUCACCAGGUGGUGGUGGCCAAUAUCCUGGAGACCCGGAGAACCGCCGUGGUUAUCGUCACCAAAGACUCACAGACUCCGUUAUCUCUUUCCGAGGAGGAAAUAGCCCAAGGCAUGGAAAUAGAGGAGAAGAUAGUGAACUAUCUACUGGGCCAGCACACCCUCUUUAUAGAGAAGAAGGUCUGAGGACCGGCUCUGAAUGAAACGGGAGAUGUUCUCUCUCCCAGGUGAAUGCUCAGUGGAACCCGAUGUGAAAAGCUGCCGUCCAGAACAGCAUCACUUCUCUGCACUGUGGUAAUGGUUAUUGAUGCGUGGUUUGAAGGGAAGCCGUGCCAGAGGAUGGUAGUCCUUCUGGUGGUGGUUCAAGAAGGGAAGGAUGUGUUGCUUUCUUCCUGUUCUGUGGACUGGGAGAACUGGGAGGUGGAGAAAUGU